UUUAGGCGAGCCGUAUGACGUAUUUCCUGCAUUGUCUGCGACUGUCUGUUGCCAACCCGCCCAAGUUCGAAAAAACAUGUCGGGGAGAAAAGCACUUCGCAAAGAUUCAAACGUGACAUUUGAAGUCACCGUCGACGAUGGAGUUUAUGCUGACUCGACCAUCAUUAAGGACAACUCUAAACAAGGGCUGUUAGGAGAAGACGACGAUAGCGACCCACCGGUCGUCUUUCUCUGCGGGAGUUGCAAGUUGCCAGUCGGUGACUCGCUGUCUUGGGCUGGGAGUGAGGACGAACAAAGUCAAAUACUGCUCAAACGUGUCAGUGACAAUGUUUUGAUUGGCAAAGAAACUCACGUCUCCGGUACCUGUAAGAAGGAUCUAGGCUGCCUGGUAGUCCACCUGACCUGUAUUGGCUGCAGCUCUCUGCUAGGCAUGGUCUACAUCUCUACACCCAGGAAACUGGACUACAUCAGAUCCCUGUUCUGCCUCAAUGUGGCUGCCAUAGAGAGCUAUGUCCUGGGGUCUUCCAGUCAGCAGGUGGCAGCAGUGAGCCCCAAGCUGCAGCCGGUCACUCUGGAGUACAGACAGGCUGUAGAGCGACAACUGGAUGAGAUUAAGGCAGUGACUCUGUCUAUGGGGCAGAGGUUGUUGGUGCUGGAGGGUGACCAGCAGAGUAGAAGUCAGAUGUGAUGAUGCAUCGUGACGGACCACACUACGUCAUGGGGGGACCCGGAAGUGAUGUCACUGAGUACUGCCCAUUUAUAUAUACCUCCACCUGGGAUAUGGAUGCCUGAUGAAGACUUAAGGGUGGAAACUUUGUUAAUAAAUAUCACCUGAACAGUA